AUGUCGGACGCGGCGGCCUCGGGCUCCGGCAGCGGCAAAAAGAACAACGACAAUGACUACUACUUCAACUUCUAUGCGUCGCUGCAGAACCAGGCUAACAUGAUUGGCGACGUCUGCCGUACCGGCACGUAUCGCAAGGCGAUAUUAGGCAAUGCGGCGGUCGCGAUCCAGGACAAGACGGUUCUGGACCUUGGAGCGGGCUCCGGGAUCCUGUCUUACAUGGCCGCGCAGGCUGGCGCCAAGGAGGUCAUUGCCCUCGAGGCGUCGAGCAUGGCCGAGAAGAUCCAGAUUCUCGUCGACCAGGCGAACCGUGGCGGGUCAAACCCCCACAUCCGCGGGCGCGUGCGCAUCGUCCGCGGCAUGGUCGAGGACAAGGGCGUGCAAGCCGACGUGCUGCGCAGCGGUAAGGUCGACACGAUUGUGUCCGAACCGAUCGGCGUGAUGCUCCUCCACGAGCGAAUGGUCGAGUCCUUCCUCUUAGCCCGCGACCUCUUCCUCAAGCCUGGUGGCUCCAUAUUGCCGUCUGCAGGCAGUAUAUUCUUCGCCCCCUUCUCUGACGAGGGUCUGUACAACGAGACGGAGCAGAAAGCGCAGUUCUUCAACCAGACGCUCUUCGGGACCGACUAUUCGGCGCUGUACGAGGUCGCGCGCGCCGAAGCCUUUGCGCAGCCCGUCAUCGGUAUCUUCCCGCCAGGGACGCUGAUGGGUCACGCUGCCCCGCCUCAGACCUUCGACUUCUACACGUGCACGCGCGAGGACCUGCUCGACUUUACUGUUCAUCUCGAAUUUGUGGCAACCCGCACGGCUGUCAUGCACGGCCUCGCGAGCUGGUUUGACCUCGACUUUGAGGCGAGUGUCAAGGACCGGCCCAGUGACGAGGUACCGGGCGAUGCGGAGGCUGAGGCAGCGUGGGAGUACCCCGUUACCCAAGCGUGGCCGUGGAGUGCCGAGCCGCCGCUCAACCCCAACCCGCCGCCUGAGGCGCCGCGCCGCGGCGUCAAGGUCAGCAUGUCGACGGGUCCGAAUGCGCUGCGCACACACUGGCAACAAGCGCGCCUGAUCCUCCCCGAGCCUCUUGCCGUCAACAGAUCUGAACGCGUUGUCGGGACCAUCCGGUUCAAGGUCAACGAGUCGCGGUCGUACGACCUCACCCUCGACGUCGCCGUCGAUCGGGGAGGCGAAGCGCCGCACUCCAACCUCCUCCGCCGGACCGCUACCUUCAACUUAUCGCAGCAGACGUUCAACUACUCGUACACUGGCGAUCCGAUCCCGGGCCUCGCCUCAUAG